GAGGUGAAGCUUGUAGUCCUCAUCCAUCUACUCCCAAGCUCAAUUCCUACCAAUGAAGAAACUAUUCGGGCGGGACAAAGCAAAGCAGCAAAAGGUAACGUCGCAUAGAGAUGCUGAUGUUGUCAUCGACGAUGAUGCACCACCUAUGCGCCCCCCGCGCCCCUCAGAAGACCACCGUGACUGGGAGAUGCUAUCUGACCCCCCUGUCCCUUCUAGUCCGUAUCCUCAGUUUGCAGUGCCUCCAACGAUACCAAGUCGCUCGUCUUCUCUUGCUUCGCUCCCACCUAUCCGCCACAGGUCACACUGCCCCCCACCCCAGACUAAUAACCCAAACCCAACCCAUACCGUGCGGAGAGACGGACGCAAGAUUCAGAAGGCGCAGCCUGCACCUGCUGUACUCGGUAUACUGAAGUCCCUUGAUCCACACUUGGACCUCGCCCUUCAACAUUCCCACUCACACCACGGCCAUGAAGUAUCAGACGAUUACAGGGACAGGGCAGAGAAGAAGGAGAGGAAGAGUUUCUGGGACGGAAUUAUGCGUGACAGGGACAGGGACAAAGAUAAAGACAGGGAGCGUGGACGUGAUAAAGAGCGUGAAACUCGUGAGAAGGAAAAGGAACGAGAAAAGGAGAGGGAGCGAGAAAAGGACAAGGAACGCAUUUGGCGCGAGGAGGAUAACCCCUCAGAGCUUACGCGCAUGAUCGGGUACCUUACAGCAACUUCAUCGGAGGACUGGACCCUUGUGCUCGAGGUCUGCGAGCGCGCGUCUUCUAAUGAAGCGAAUGCAAAGGAGGCUAUGAAAGCCCUCAGGAGAGAAUUCAAAUAUGCAGAACCCAAAUCUCAAUUAUCUGCUGCAAGGUUAUGGGCAAUAAUGCUCCGCAACGCCUCCGACAUCUUUCUUACUCAGAUCAGCUCCCGUAAAUUCAUUGACACCCUCGAGGACGUGCUCAUAAGCUCAAGAACCAGCCCCGUCGUCAGAGAACGACUAAUGGAGGUGCUUGCCGCUGCAGCGUUCAUCACCAGUUCACGUCCUCACCCCUCACCCAAAUCCGAACCAUCGCCGUUUUCACUCAAAGAUCGCGACCGUGAUAGGGACGGUUUCCGUGCACUAUGGACGCGAUUGAAACCUGCUGACAAGCCCGAUGUGGGCAUUCCCUUCGACACAGAGGAUGCUAUGUUUAGCCCUCCCAUCGUUCCAACGCGUCCGCCGAUAGGGGAGCGGCCGUCAAGGAAGAGCCUCCACCAGCGUGGCGUUAUUCCUCCUGAAGAGGACAUGAAGCGUUUGUUCCAGGAAUGCAAAAUCGCAAAAGGAAAUGCGAAUGUCCUUUGCGAAUUGCUUACAUACACGAAACCGGAGCAGAUAGAAGGGAGCCUAAUACCGGAAUUUUUGUCAAAAUGCCGCGCGUCGCAAGAACUCAUAUAUACCCAAAUCCCAUGGGCAUCUGCAGGCGCUGAACGAUCACGCCUUGACCGAGAAAGGAAUGCAGAAGGAAACGGACGUACGAAAUCGCAGCUUGACCUUCAAUUCAGUUCUCCACCGAGUCGUGAUUACCAUGGCGGGGAUGCGAAAUUAUAUAAUGCAGAUGGAGAGGAGCAGACUGCGGAGGAGGAGCUUCUUGGCGCGUUGCUUGAAGCGAAUGAGGCGCUGUUUGGGGCGAUGAGGAUGUAUGAUGAUGUUAUGCGGGUUGCGGAGGAGCGGGUGGCCGUUGAAAUUAGUAGGAGGGAUGUGAAGAUGGACCGAAGACACAUCGAAAAUGAGUACCUUGGAGAAUCUCACCACGAUUAUGGUGGUUCCUCACGCACGCCAUCACCGAUGCCAUCGCCACCUGGCUCGCCCCGUCAUCCCGAUCUCCCUCCUGUUGUCCCAUCACAAACUCAUCCCCUUCCUCGGGUCCCUCCUGCGCUUUCUCCUGCCCACUCACACUACGGUUCACCACCGCAGUCUAUGAGCACACCGACACUGCUCGCUCCGCCACCUCCGCCCAUAGGACCUCGUUCGCCUGCAUUCCCGUCACGCCCACCCUCGCCAGAUAGGGGUGGUCUCGUACGUGCAUCAAGGGGGAAUUCGCUGGAAAGUAUGGGUGGUGCUUUGGAACGGCUGCACAUGGAGGAUAACGACGUAGAUGAAGAAGAGGUUACAUCUCCCAUACGACCAAGCGCGAAGGCGCUUGGGAAGAGGAGGGUCGUUGAGGAAGCCGAAGAUGAACAAUACGACUCGAGUGACUUGUACUACGAGCCGAGGCGCGAAUCCGUUGCACUGGACUCAGAUGAGGAAACACGCGGUGGGGAUCAUGCAAAUGCCUUAUGGGGAAGACCUACGCAAUACGUGUAUGACGCGGCUGCUGAGCGCACGGCGCAGCAUCUGCGAGAAGGUAGAGUGAAUGUAGCUGUGAAUGGGGUGCAUUAGGGUUCUUUUGAUAAUUGGCACUUGUGGUUCUGCUACUAAUCUGUCUCGAGCUUCAUUUUAAGUACUUGUGGUUAGAGAAGAUGUCCAUUUCAUUCCUUCACAUCAUGUUCAACCAAUUUGUAUAUUAGCUUCUGUAGUCAAUCAUCCAACCCUGCUAUUUAUGUUUUCUUUUGGAAC